UUCGGCACUGCGCCCUUUGCCCAUCCCGACAUUGAUAAUCGAAGCCAAAUCGCCUCCUUGGAUGCCAAAACAGGCCAGGUACACUUCACAGAUGGAACAUCUGUCGAGCAGGGAGAUCACAUUCUGUUCGCAACCGGUUAUGACUUUAGUUUCCCCUUUCUCCCGAAUUUGAAGUCAGUCCAUAAAAGGAUUCCCGGGUUGGAUCAGCAUCUUCUCAAAAUCGAUGAUCCAACCCUGGCAUUUAUCGGCAUGGUAACAGGCGGCUUCGGCAUCCGCAUCUUCGAAUGGCAAGCCGUCGCCACCGCUCGGAUCUUCGCCGGCCACGCAGCGGUUCCUCCACAGGCGGAAAUGGAGAAAUGGGAACGCGACCGAAUAGCGCAAUCCGGUGACCAAGCUGCGUUCUGGACACUCAUUCCGGAUUUUGAAAAGCACUUUGAAGCGCUCCGUGCACUCGCGGGCGAGCCGGCACCAGGUACCACGGGGAGGGUUUUACCUCCGUAUAAACCGGAGUGGGGGGAUAUUUUCUGGGCGUUUGUGCGGUAUCGAGUGCAGUGGUGGGAGAGGGAGGCUGCUGAGGCGCGUUCGUCUUCGGGUCCUAGGUCUCUCAAGAUUUAG